AUGAGUCAGUUUGAUUGGUCAAAAAUUGAACAAGUUCAAACAGCAUAUAAUGAAGCAAUUGCUUAUAAUCGAGUUGUUGGUGUACCUCCUUAUCCGGCAACACAACCGAUUCAUUCAACAGUUGAAUUAAUACGAAUUCCAACAUAUUUAUCAUCAUUACGUCUUAUAACAUAUUUCAGAAAAAUUCCUGAAUUUGAAUUAUUUGAUUCAGAAGAUCGUGUAACAUUGAUUAAACAUAAUUUAUUAGCUGUUGUAUUUAUGCAUAUAGUUUUAAUUUAUGAUCCAAUUGCUGAUACAUAUCAUGAACAUAAUACACAAGAUCCAAUAUUUCAAGGAAAAGAUUGGAUUGAUACAUUAGGCGAAGAAUUUUAUCAUGAUUUAACAGCUACAGCAAAACAAUUAAUUCAAAUGCUUGAAUAUGAUCGUGUUAUAAUUAAAUUACUUCUAAUAAUUAUUUUAUUUACUAAAGCUUUUUGUGGUUAUGAUAUUAUCCAUGAACCAUCAUUAAAUAAUCCAUUGAUUGUACUUAAUGCACAUAAUAUAUAUGUUGAGAUAUUGUAUAAAUAUUGUUUGCAUCAAUAUGGUUUCAAUAGAGCGAUAAAUUUAUUUAAAAAUCUUUUUAAUCCAUUAUUAACUAUACAAGGAUUAUCAAUACAAUUGAAACACUUGGUACAUUCGAAUGUUGAUGCUGCACAAUUAUCUCCAUUAAUGCAAAGUGUAUUACAAUUAUCAGAUACGACUUCAUCUAGUUGA